ACUAAAUCCCAGGGUCACAUGGUGGUGUAGUGGUUAGCACAGACCCGGUCUUCUCUUCGAGGGUCAAAUCCUUUGAAAUGAACCCCCUGAGAGAGCAGAACUUAGUACUUGCUAACUGGGAGAGACCCUUUAAUGUUUGAUCGGUCAAGUCUUUCUUGGAGCUUUAGUCAGUGUUGUUUUAGUAGGGUGGAAUUGAUGUCUCAAUCAUUUCCCUUUGGGGCCUUGGCCAUAUCUCCAGCUCCUUUUCAUUCCUCCUAAACAUGCUUUUCUUUUACACCUGCUAAUCACAUUCUGUCCACCAGGUGUCCACAGUUAUAGUUUUUCCUCAUCUUCCUUUUCCUCAUUUCUCUGCCCAUUUGCUACACCAGUUCUUUCUAAACCUGCCAUUUCCUCCAGCUUGCAGGCGGAUUUACUUCAUGUUCCUUUGUGUUUCUGUGUAUUUAUCAUCCACCCAUCUUGCCCAUUAGUCAGUUUAUUCAUUUCGGAAAGCUCAUCUUUUCAUCCGCAUCCCUUGUCUUCUUUCUAAAUGUACAAUUGGUUUUAGUUUUACAACUUAAAGGCAUAUAUUUUAUAGUUACUAAUACAGUUUUAGAACAUGUUAGGAGUGGCGUUGCAGGGGAGCUGUUGGUCAAGAAGACAUAAAAAAACUAGAAAGACCACAGAGGUAAUUUUGACCGUUCAUAGAUUAUUUGCACAUGAGUUCAAUACACAAAGUACAAUAAUACAUUACUACAUAAAUAAUAAUAAUAAUAAUAAUACAAAAUAAAUAGAUGUGUAAUGUGAAUAUAGGCGAUAGUAAACAUGAGGAAACAGUGAGAAAAUGUAUUAAGCUGUUAAAAUUACAGACAAUAUUCCUUUAAUGUCAUGUGGGAUCAUAAGAGGGGAGGAGUAUGUGCCUACAAAGGCGGAGCAUCACUGUAACAUUUGCAGCAAAUUGAAACUUAUGAACACAGUUUACUUCGUGGAAAAGAAACAGACAGCAAACAGUUCAGAGCUUCUACAACCAAGAAGAUUUAAAAGCUGAAAUGGCUUCAUCCAGUGGUUUCCUGUCUGAAGAUCAGUUCACGUGUUCCAUCUGUCUGGAUGUCUUCACUGAGCCUGUUUCUAUCCCAUGUGGACACAAUUUCUGCAAGGCCUGUAUAACAAAACACUGGGAGGACAAAGCCCAAUGUCAGUGUCCACUGUGCAACGAGAAGUUCAACAAAGGGCUCAAACUCUGUGUCAACACUGGUUUCAGGGAAGUUGUGAACAAUUUCAAGAAGCACGGUGUCAGUAAUAAAAAUGAUGUCCCCGUCAAACCGGGACAGGUGCCAUGUGACUGUUGCACUGGCAAUAAAUUCAAAGCCUUCAAAACCUGUUUGGUGUGUUUGGCAUCUUAUUGCCAAACACACUUAGAGUCACAUCAGAGAGUUGCUGCAUUGAAGAAACACAAACUGACUGAUCCUGUGCAGAACCUGGAGGUCAAUGUAUGCAAGAAACACAACAAGAUGCUCGAGCUCUUCUGCAGAAAUGAUCGGAGUCGUGUUUGUGCUCUGUGCACAGAACAUAGAGGUCAUGAUACAGUCCCUCUGGAGGAGGAGUAUGAGGAGAAGCAGGGUGAGCUGGAGCAGAAAAAGAUGGAAGUAAAGGGGAUGAUUCAAGAGCGACAAAAGAAGAUUCUGGAGAUAACAGAAGUGCUGGCCAAAAAGAGGGAACAAAACAAUGAGGCAAAGGGAAAUAGUGUUCAGAUCUUCACAUCAUUGAUAGUCUCUAUGCAACGAAAUCUCUCUGGGCUGGUGAACGCUUUUGAGGAGAGGCAGAGAGCUGCAGAAAAACAGGCUGAUGUGCUUGUUGUAGAGCUUCAGAGGGAAAUCAUGGAGCUCCAGAGGAGCCUCACCAAACUGCAGAAGAUCUCAAAGACUGAAGACCAUCUCCAGCUCAUCAAGUGCUUCCUGUCCAUCACAUCUACGUUUCCACUCACCAAGGACUGGUCUGACAUCAGUAUCAGUGGACAGCACUGUGUGCAGGAUCUGAAGAGAGCAAUGGUGCAGCUGCAGGUGACUCUCGCCAAAGAGAUGCAGCGAGCUGGUCAAGACUUUAGAGCUUGCUAUGAUGAAUUCCUGGCUGAAGAAACUGGUGAGGAUAAGAAAAUGGUACACACAGAUCUGGAGAACCUGCCGGAAGGCAUCAAGCUGGACAUAAUCCGGCGGCAGUACACAGUAGAUAUGACAUUUGACCCAUGCAGUGCAAAUGAUUUCCUCGUAUUUUCAGAGGAUUUCAAAGCAGUGCAAACUCCCCAUAUUGUGUGGGUAAAUGGAAGCCCACAAAAAUUCAACAGGCAUGCCUACGUCUUGGGGAAAAGGGGAUUUUCAAGAGGGAGAUUUUAUUACGAGGUUCAGACUGAAAGGAAGACCGGCUGGGAUUUAGGCAUAGUCAGAGAGUCACUGCAUGGGAUGAAGACAAUCAUACCAAACCCCAGGACUGGAAUGUGGGUCAUAAGGCUGAGGAACAACACCAAAUUCACAGCUUUAAAUAGUGUCCAUGUCAACCUGAACAUGUCAGAGAAACCAAAUAGGGUCGGAGUGUUUGUAGAUUAUGAGCAGAGACUGGUGUCCUUCUAUGAUGUGGACGCUGUAACUCUGCUCUACUCUUUCACUGACUGCAUAUUCAGUGGUAAAAUCUACCCAUUCUUUAGCCCCGGCCUCCCCGAGGAUGGUGUAAAUGGUGGUCCACUGGUCCUCUCACCAGACAAAAAGGAAGACAAGAAGUCAAACAAGAAGGAAAACAAAGAGGAAGACAAGAAGUCAAACAAGAAGGAAAACAAAGAGGAAGACAAAAAGUCAGACAAGAAGGAAAACAAAGUGCAAGACACAACAUCAGUGUUUCUCGACUGGAGUUUUGUUGUUAUUUUUCUGGCUUGGAUUUCCCUGAUUACAUAUCACAUCAUCUUUAACAAGGGCUGA